UUUAAAAAAAAACAGAACAUAUGACGCAUUUUUAGGAAUCGGAAGUUUCCAAGUAUAGCAUGCAAUAAACCGGACCACCUUGGGUUUCUUCCUUUUUCACCCUCCCUCCCUCUCUUAAUCUCACAAAAACCAACCAUAAACAUGUUUUGUAGAUCAAAGAAUCAAUCUUAUACUCUCGCAUCCGUCACACUCUUUGCUAUCGUUUUCGUCAUCGCAGUUUCUUAUGCGUCUAACCGUCUCUCUAUCCUUUCUCUUCCUUUUUCACCACCAUGGCUAUUUCGAUGGCCUUCAUCGUCAUCAAAUUUCUCAAUUCAUUCAAUCAAUCUCCAUCACUCACCGCCACAAUCACAAAUUUUAAGCCCUAAAACCGCGCUUUACUCCAUGUUUGAUUGUGAUUAUGAUGCGUGUAAAAAACAAAGUGGGAAAAUGAAUAACGUGGUGAGUAAAAUGAUCAAGGAGUUAAAAGAAGAAACAUUGUUGAGAAGAUUGAAGAACAAGAAUAUUCAUGACAAGAAGAUAGAGAAAAUUGAAGCCGAGCUUAGUAGAGCCAGGGUUUUGAUUAGAGACUCCUGGACCAGGAUUAAUCACAAUUGUUCAUUGUUUCCUCUGAACGAUCAUGAUUAUGUCCCGGAUGGGAGUAUCUACAGAGAUCCCUACAUGUUUCAUAGGAGUUAUUUACUAAUGGAGAAGUUGUUCAAAGUAUACAUAUAUGAAGAGGGAGAGCCACCCUUAUUUCACACAGGUCCUACAACAAACAUUUACUCAAUGGAAGGAGUUUUUCUCAACUUUAUAGAAAAUGACCCUAAUUUUCGUAUAUAUGACCCGGAUCAAGCUCAUGUCUAUUUUCUCCCAUUUAGUGUGGUCAUGAUCCUCAAUAAUCUUUUUGAUCCAAUGAUCCGUGAUAAAGCUGUCCUAGAACGCGUUAUUGGUGAUUAUGUGCAUACAGUUUCGUCAAGGUAUCCUUAUUGGAACCGAAGCCUUGGAUCAGAUCAUUUCAUGCUUUCUUGCCAUGAUUGGGGGCCUAGAGCAACAUGGUAUGUUCAUUCAUUAUAUUUCACUUCAAUACGUCUACUAUGCAAUGCAAAUACUUCAGAGUUUUUCAAUCCAAGAAAAGAUGCAUCAAUCCCAGAAAUCAAUCUUCUUAGAAAUGAGCCCACUACAAUUACCGGAGGUCUGCCAGCAUCUAACCGUACAGUCCUAGCGUUCUUUGCAGGCGGUCAAUUUCAUGGUAAGAUUAGGCCACUGCUUUUCCAACACUGGAAAGGUAAAGACAAAGACAUACAAAUAUACGACAGAGUGCCUAAAAAUGUAUCAUAUGAAGAAAUGAUGAAAACAAGCCGAUUUUGCAUAUGUCCUAGUGGAUUUGAAGUGGCAAGUCCGCGAAUAGUUGAAGCUAUCUAUGCUGAAUGUGUGCCCGUGUUGAUUUCUCAACACUAUGUUUUACCAUUUAGCGAUGUUCUUAACUGGGAUGCAUUUUCAGUCCGAGUGUCAGUGAAGGAAAUACCAAAUUUGAAGAAGAUUUUGUUGGGUAUAUCAGAUGAUAAGUAUACAAGAUUGCAGGAGAAUGUUAAGAAAGUACAAAGACAUUUUUCGGUGAAUUAUCCAGCAAAAAGAUAUGAUGUUUAUCAUAUGAUUCUACACUCGUUAUGGUUAAGACGGCUAAACUUACAGAUUUAUGGUUGAUAUAUGGAUCUUUCCUAGACAAACUAGUAUAGUGAAUUAUCAAGAUUUAAGGAUGCCUCCAGAAACUAGAAAAGUUAGUGUGACUCCCUCAAAGGGAGAUUGUUACAACUUGUAUAAUUUUGAUGUAACAAUACAAGUAAUUGUUGGGUUAUAUAACUAUUUAUCACAUCAAA